UUAAAAAGGAAAUAGUAAUGAAAAUUAACAUUAAUUACACCGAUCGACACAUAAUUUUGUCAUAAAUUCCUAACUUAAUUCUAUUUUAGAAAGUAUAUUUUAUGUUUAUACUACGUAUAUAACCCUAAGGAUUACGUAUAUCAUUUACCCAACUAAAAAAAAAAAAAAAGAGAAAUGCACGAAAGAGCAAAUGGGCGCGAUGAUUUGAGUGACACUCACACACAACGCAUUUUGUAAUUUGUAAAUUUAAAUUUCAAAUAAAAUGAGAAUUUCAAUUUCCAACCCGAAAUAUAAAAGGCCCCACCAAAGUCCCCAUCCAAUCCCUACUACGGACUAUAAACCUUCUCUUCCGCCCCCUCUUUCUUCUCUUUCUCCUUCUCUUUCCUUCGAUCUCCAUUUUUCUCUCUCCAUUUUCUCACUCUUAUUUAUACUCACUCUUCAUCACUUCUUUCUCUAUUUCUUCUUCACUUCGUUUUUUUCUGGGUUGAUUCUUUGAUCUCCAUUUUUCAGGUUACAUAAUGGAAGCUAUGCAAACAAAUUCUGAGCGUCGUCCAUUCUCGAUCAAAUUGUGGCCUCCUAGCCAGAACACAAGAAUUAUGCUUGUUGAACGGAUGACCAGCAAUCUUUCAACUCCAACAAUUUUUACCCAGAAGUAUGGUAGUUUGACCAAGGAAGAAGCUGAGGAGAAUGCUAAGCAAAUUGAAGAGGUUGCAUUUACUGCUGCAAAUCAAUUCUAUGAAAAGGAGCCCGAUGGUGAUGGAAGCUCUGCAGUCCAGCUUUAUGCCAAGGAAUGUAGUAAACUUAUACUGGAAGCCUUAAAACAUGGUCCUGUAACUAAAUCUAGAGAGGUACCGACUUCUGAUGGAGUCCUUGAAAGUUUAUUUGAUAUAUCAAAAGGCCCACGUGCCUUUAUUGAGGCUGAAGAGGCAGAAGAGCUUUUGGCACCAUUAAAGAAUCCAUCAAACACUUACACUAAGAUAUGCUUCAGUAACAGAAGUUUUGGUUUAGGUGCAGCUCGUGUAGCAGAGCCUAUUUUGUCAUCUGUUAAGGAUAAAUUAAAGGAGGUAGAUCUGUCAGAUUUUAUUGCUGGCAGACCAGAGGCUGAAGCCAUUGAAGUCAUGAACAUAUUCUCAGCUGCCCUUGAAGGCGCUGCUUUGAAGUCUCUUAAUCUUUCUAAUAAUGCCUUGGGUGAGAAGGGUGUUCGAGCAUUUGGAGUGCUCUUGAAAUCGCAGAGUAGCUUGGAGGAGCUUUAUUUAAUGAAUGAUGGCAUCUCAGAGGAUGCAGCACGUGCUGUUGCUGAGUUGGUUCCCUCCACAGAGAAGCUCAAAAUUCUUCAGUUUCACAAUAACAUGACAGGAGAUGAAGGUGCUCUUGCCAUUUCUGAGGUUGUAAAGCGUUCUCCCUUGCUGGAGGACUUUAGGUGUUCCUCAACAAGGGUAGGUUCUGAUGGAGGGGUUGCUUUAUCCGAAGCCCUAGAGGGAUGUGCUCAUUUAAAGAAGCUUGACUUGCGUGACAACAUGUUUGGUGUAGAAGCAGGUGUUGCUCUGAGUAAAGCUCUUGUGAAGCAUGAAAAUAUAGUUGAAGUUUACCUGAGUUACUUAAAUUUGGAAGAUGAGGGGACUAUUGCCGUAGCAAACGCGCUCAAGAAGAGUGCUCCUUUGCUUGAAGUGUUGGAGCUGGCCGGAAAUGAUGUUACUCCUGCUGCAGCAUCUGCUCUGGCUGAAUGCUUAGAAUCAAAGCAGCACCUUGUGAAGUUGAACUUGGGUGAAAAUGAGCUCAAAGAUGAAGGAGCUAUACAAAUUAGCAAUUCUCUUGAAGGCCUUACUCAGUUAAAGGAACUUGAUAUGAAUACAAAUGCGAUCAGAAGAGCAGGUGCUAGAGUUUUGGCUAAGGUAGUUGUGGAUAAGCCUGGUUUUCAAUUGCUGAACAUUGAUGGGAAUUAUAUCUCUGAUGAAGGAAUUGAUGAAAUCAAUGACAUUUUCAAGAAGUCUCCCAAGAUGUUAGGAUCAUUAGAAGAGAAUGAUCCAGAAGGUGGAGAUGAAGAUGAAAAGGAAUCUGAUGAGGAGGGUGAUGGUCAUGGAGAGGAGAAUGAACUGGAAUCUAAAAUGAAGAAUCUCGAUGUUGAAGAUGACAAGGAAUAGGUGUAUUUCUGGUAGGUGGAAAUACGUAGGAUAGUAGCUUAUUUUUAGUGUCGAAUCCACUGUCGACCUGUUUUCCUCUUUUAUCUUGGACAUCGCAUUGGAUUGACAGCUACUUAGAGCAUUUGGUAGCGAUGGCUUUCAUGGGAGCGACUUGUAGGUUUAGAUUUAUAGUUUCUCCUGUUGAACUCCCAUCCCCCACUUUUGUGUUUUAUUUUACUAUUUUUGUGUGGGUAGAAAUGUUUUAUUGUACUACUGAGCCGUUGUGUUAAGUAGGAUUCUGUUUCGAACAGCUAUUGAACUUGUUUUAUCGUGUUGUAAAGGAGGGAAUGUCAUUUUUCGUGAUAUUCACUUCCAGUUUUUAACUUUCAAGAGCACGUCCUAUGUUUUAGACAAUCUAAUAAUCUUACUUAAAGAUUAUCUGCCUGGUAAAUGUGUUAAAAAUUCUAUCCAUU